AUGUCCAAUCUAAUUUCAAGCACAGAUCUCAAACAGAAGGCUUUGGAUUUAAAGGUUUCUAAGAUGACAGAGUCUCACAUUGCAUAUAAUUGGAGGGUCCAUGCUAUUUUAAAUGCCCUCAAUGAAAGUCCAACUGAAGACAGCUUGCAAGCUGUUGCGUAUCGAUAUGAAAAAUGGAAUAAAAGAUGAUCAAGGAGAGAGUUUAAAUAUGAUUUCUUUAAAUGCUUAGGAGAAUCUCAGAAAGCUAAAAAAGAACUCGAAGGUGAACAAGAUGAUCCGGUAACAAAAUGACGAGCAGACGUGAUUUUGAUGAAAUAUAAAACUGUUGUCUUAUAUGCGCCUGAUGAAAAUGGCCAAGAAGUAGGGACAACAUACCUUAUUAAAGUCAUCCAAGAUCAGCUCGAAAAAAUAGGCGGUUUAAGGUGCAUUACUGUUAAAGCCAAAGAAUGGAAAGAAAUGGAUCAAUUUGCUCGAAAAGAAUAUGUUAAAAGCUUAGCCAUAGGUACAGAAGCUAAAUAA